ACGCCCCUCCCCACCCACAACAUAUUAAAAAACAUCCAAUCCUAAUUCCUUCUUCCCCUAAUUUCAUUUUCCGACUCUCCCUCUCCUCUCACCAUUCCAUCCAGGAUAACCAAUAGAGUUUCUCACCAAAGCUUACACGGUGGACUCGAAUAAGAGAUGGAUACAGAAAAUCCUGCUCCAAUAGUUGAAAAGGAUGCCACAGAUGCCGAGACAUCAUUAGAUAGCUCUCAUCUCGGGAAGAAGAUUCAGAAGAAAGUUCCAAAAAGAAUUCACAAAGCUGAGAGAGAGAAAAUGAAGAGAGAGCAUCUGAAUGAGCUUUUUCUUGGUUUGGCUGAUGCUCUUGAACUAUCUGAGCAGAUGAAUGGAAAAGCCUCUGUAUUGAGUGAAGCUGCUCGAUUUGUAAAGGACAUGCUUUCUCAGAUCAAGCAUAUGAGGACAGAAAAUACAACUUUGCUGUCUGAAUCUCAAUAUCUUAGCGUGGAGAAAAAGGAGCUUGAGGAUGAAAAUACAGCUCUAGAGGCUGAAAUUAGCAAACUGCAGACUGAGGUCAAAGCAAGGGAAGCUGAGACUAGUCUUGACCUAAAUCUAGCUCCUCCUGAAAUUCAUCACACAGAGUUUGCCUCACAAACUAACUAUAUGAGAUUGCCUGCUUCGGAGCACGCAUUUCAGCAGUCACAGAUGAUGAACCCUGUGUACGUCUUUCCCUUGAGUUCUAAUCCCCAGGCUUAUCCAGCGCCUGAUGCUGCAGAUUCCAUGGCUAUGCCCACAUCUACUGUGAAGAAACCACAGCCCAGAUACCCCACUCCAAAUGAUGUAUGGCCAUCCCAAAUCCUUGAAAAGAGGCCUCAGUUGUUGCGACAGGAGGUUCAAGAUGGUGCAUAAUAAUAGUAGUCUAGUAGAAACGAGACAUUCGUUCAUAGGGAAUGGCAUGUAUAAUUAGUUAGGUAAUGUAGAUUUAGACGAUAAGCAGCAGCAGCAGAUUCAGCAAUACUUUGGACUUGCAGCUCUCCAUUGUAUAUAACCUUUUUGUUGUAUUUUGAUCAGCAAUAACCUAGUUUGUCUGUCGAGUAUCGAGGUAGUAUCAGUUGAGAUCAACCAUACCAUAACAGUGUUAGAUAUACAGAAAUAUGUUGGUAAACAAAACCUGUAAGUAGGCGCUUGACGUGACAUCUAUGGAUUUUGAUGUUGAACUCUAA